AUGUGGAAUCCGCUGCACGAAAGCGACUCGGCCGCGGCCGCUGUGCGCCGUCCACGCUGGCUGUGCGCUGGGGCGCUCCUGCUGGCCUCCGGCCUUAUCCUCGGCUUCCUUCUCGGGUGGUUUAUAAAACCCUCCAAUGAUGCUACUAAUGUAAUUCCACAGAAUAACCAGAGGAGGGCAUUUUUGGAUGAAUUGAAAGCUGAAAACAUCAAGAAGUUUCUAUACAAUUUUACACAGAUACCACAUUUAGCAGGAACAGAACAGAACUUUCAGCUUGCCAAGCAAAUUCAGGCCCAGUGGGAAGAAUUUGGCCUGGAUUCUGUUGAGUUAGCCCAUUAUGAUGUCCUCUUGUCCUACCCAAAUACGACUCAUCCUAACUACAUCUCAAUAAUUGAUGAAGAAGGAAAUGAGGUUUUCAACACAUCAUUAUUUGAACCACCUCCUCCAGGAUAUGAAAAUGUUUCAGAUAUUGUGCCACCUUUCAGUGCUUUCUCCCCACAAGGAAUGCCAGAGGGUGAACUAGUGUAUGUGAACUAUGCAAGGACUGAAGACUUCUUUAAACUGGAGCGGGACAUGAAAAUCAAUUGCUCUGGGAAGAUUGUGAUUGCCAGAUAUGGGAAGGUUUUCAGGGGAAAUAAGGUGAAAAAUGCCCAGCAGGCAGGGGCCAUAGGGGUCAUUCUGUACUCAGACCCUGCUGACUAUUUUGCUCCUGGGGUGGAGGCCUAUCCGGAUGGCUGGAAUCUCCCGGGAGGUGGUGUACAACGUGGAAAUGUCUUAAACCUGAAUGGUGCAGGGGACCCUCUGACACCAGGUUAUCCAGCAAAUGAAUAUGCUUAUAGGCGUGCAAUGACAGAGGCUGUUGGGAUACCAAGUAUUCCUGUUCAUCCGAUUGGAUACAAUGAUGCCCAGAAACUCCUUGAAAAUAUGGGGGGCCUGCCACCACCGGAGAGCAGCUGGAAAGGAGGUUUGAAUGUGCCCUAUAAUGUUGGACCUGGCUUUGCUGGAAAUUUUUCUACACAAAAGAUCAAGAUGCAAAUCCAUUCUGUCAGCAAGGUGACAGGAAUUUACAAUGUGAUCGGUACUCUCAGAGGAGCAGUGGAACCAGACAGAUACGUCAUUCUUGGAGGUCAUCGAGACUCGUGGGUGUUUGGGGGCAUUGAUCCUCAGAGUGGGGCUGCUGUUGUCCAUGAAAUUGUGAGGAGCUUUGCAACCCUGAAAAAGAAAGGGUGGAGGCCUCGACGAACGGUUUUGUUUGCAAGUUGGGAUGCAGAAGAAUUUGGUCUUCUUGGUUCUACUGAGUGGGCAGAGGAGAAUUCCAGACUUCUUCAAGAACGUGGUGUGGCUUAUAUUAAUGCUGAUUCUUCCAUAGAAGGAAACUACACUCUGAGAGUUGAUUGUACACCACUGAUGUACAGUUUGGUAUACAAUCUUACGAAAGAGCUGCAAAGCCCUGACGAAGGCUUUGAAGGAAAAUCCCUUUAUGAGAGCUGGUAUGAGAAAAGUCCUUCAUAUGAAUUCACUGAUAGGCCCAGCAUUAGCAAGUUGGGAUCUGGUAAUGACUUUGAAGUUUUUUUCCAAAGACUUGGCAUUGCUGCAGGUAGAGCACGUUACACUAAGAAUUGGGAUGUCUACAAAUUCAGCAGCUAUCCACUGUACCACAGUGUCUAUGAAACAUAUGAGUUGGUGGAAAAAUUUUAUGACCCAACAUUUAAAUAUCAUGCCACAGUGGCCCAGGUUCGUGGAGGCCUCGUGUUUGAACUAGCCAACUCUUUAGUGCUCCCUUUUGACUGUCGAGAUUAUGCUGUAGCUUUAAAAAGUUAUGCUGGCACAAUCUACAAUAUUUCAAUGCAACAUCCGGAGGAAAUGAAAACAUAUGACGUAUCCUUUGAUUCACUUUUUUCUGCAGUAAACAAUUUUACAGAAAUUGCUUCUAAAUUCAAUGACAGACUCCAGGACUUGGAUAAAAGCAACCCAAUAUUGUUGAGAAUUGUGAAUGAUCAACUAAUGUUCCUAGAACGAGCCUUCAUUGAUCCCUUAGGGCUACCAGACAGGCCUUUCUACAGGCAUAUCAUCUAUGCUCCAAACAGCCAUAAUAAGUAUGCAGGAGUGUCAUUCCCAGGAAUAUAUGAUGCUCUGUUUGACAUUGAAAACAAACAGGACCAAUCCAAGGCCUGGGAAGAAGUGAAGAAACAGAUUUCUAUUGCAGCCUUCACAGUGCAGGCUGCAGCAGGGACUCUGAGGGAAGUCGCUUAAGAGGAUACCUUAGACAGUAUGUACUGAAUCCUAUGGCAUGUCAAUCAGAAAGAAUCAUAACGGCCAUAUUCAUGUAGAAAAUGGAAUUAAAAUAUGAAAUUAAUAAAAAAAAAAAGCUUUAUCAACCAAGCUCUAUCAAGUUCAAGACACAAGUAAUCAUGUCAAGAUCCAUUUCAUCCAUCCUUUAAAAACUGAGAAUUCUGGAAACUUCACCAUAUCAAUGCCAUCCUUUUUACAUUAUAAACUGAACAAAAACCAAUGCCUUUUAAACAUAUUUUUUAAAGUAGAAAGCAAAUGAGAAGCUGCCACUUCAGGACUGUAAGUUGGAUGCCAAAUGAUUUCCUGUCAAAACUUCUGCUUGAUAAGAGGAAUAGUCAGGAACAUUAAAAAAAAAAAAAAAGAUUCUCUGGUAAAACCUUCCCAGGUAUUUUCCAGUUCAAGUUUUGGCUAACUUUUCUGUAGAAAUCUCAUUGUAAGACCAUGUUAUUAUUCUUUUGCCUUGAAAAGUCAACAGUGGUUAAUAAACUUUUAGAAUUUUUAAAAAA